AAUGGCUGAAACAGGUCUGCGCCCGUAUAGUCAAGACAUAUCAUGAGGAGAAUGUUUUCUAAAUGUUAAAACAAAAAUAAUUUAUAGGAUACUGUGAUAUCAAGCAUAUUGAUAUCGCAGUCGUAGUGCUGGUGAUUUUAGCUGGCGUCCCGUGGGCAGACUACAAACCGCGUAACACAGUCGACUUGUUUCUCCGCCCCGAAGCAAUCAGCGCAACAAGUGCACAGAUGCUGUCCAAUACUGUCGCGACGCUGCCUGCAUUUGGAGGCUCUCUGGCUGAGCUUUUCCACCGCAGCGAACCAACUUUAAAUUUUCAACGGAGGCAGUUUUGACCCGCAAAUCUGCAUCGUGUCCGGUUGGUUUUGGUCAUGUGCCGAUAAAUUGCCUGAGGGAGUGCUCGAGCCACACUUUUAAUGGAAAGUUUUCCGUCCCGGUAGGUCUGUGACUACGGGGUGUUUGUUCUUGUGAAUCACCAGACGAAAUAUUGGCUGGUUGUUCGUUCACUACGUACUUUCGCAUUAAUCUCUGGUCUGUUGAACGAUUUCCGCUAAAUUAAUAUGCGUAAUUCGUCGGACAUUGGACUGUUGGAGGAGUUUGUCGCGGCUGACGAUUCGAUCGAAGCCGCACAACUGUUGUGACACCGGGCCAAGACACCACUCAAGAAGUAUGAUAAAGGCACCUUCGUCGGACCCGCAGGGCUCCUCUCACAACAAUGACCCGCAGAAGGACUAUUUCGCAAAGGAACAGCUGAUAAAUCCAAGUCUGAUGUCUGGUUGUAGGGUCCAGGUGCAACCGGUGCUAUCCGAGCCUUGCUAUGAGAACCGUCUUAACAGACUGAAUUGUCAGGCCCAGUCUGUUCCCUCCAGGACUGUACGUCUGUUUUCCACCCAGACAAAAUGCGAGGACAGUUCUUCGCUUAGAGGUCCACCUGUCACACCACAGGCUUGGUCUGGAUUGGCCAGUUUCCGCGUCAUGGGUUCUUUCAAAAAACUGCGGACUUCUGUGCUCCAAGGAAUCCAGAACCGGAACAAUGCGAUGGCAGCCGGUCAGGAGAGAAACAUGUCCUUGAUGCUUGAGGACGGUGGUAGUUUCUUAGUAACCAAACGAGAGGUCGCGACCAAUCAAACAAAGGAAAUUGACAAAGUGUCAAUGACGAAUGGGACGUCUCAAACUGGGAAGAUGUCUUCGGUUUCAGAUGAGGAAGACUGUGAGGAGGAAGAGGGUGGGUUUCAGAGGAAUUCCCACUUUUCUCGGAGUAUUCGCAAAGCUUAUGGGGCAGGACGGAUCUCAUUGCUUGACAUAGUCAAGACAGAUAGCCCGUCUACCAGUGAGCCUUCCCCCAGCAGCACUGUGGAAUCUGUUGUACCUUGUAAGAACCUUGAGACUCAAGAAAAUGUUCUCAAAAGACUAAGCAAAAGUGCAGAUAAUCUUCAUGUCUUCAAGAGCCAUUUUAGACGCAAAGCCACCUCAACUGAGCCACAGAACCCAGAAGGCACCCAUACUAUAAUUCUUCAGAGGACCACCAGUUCCUCAUCGGUUGACUUACAGGAACGUGAUUCAGUUAGGCGUCAAAGCCCCAUGAGGACACGAGGACAUUUGCAAAAGCUUGUCGGUAGUUUAACAGACCUGACAGUGAAGCGUAAAAACACAUCAGACCCCCCUCCCAGAGUACCGCUGUCACCUCUCAGUCAGCUACACGAUGACUACUCCCGCAGAACUUCCUGUGUAUCCAUGAGUGGCCGUCAACGGAGGCCUUUACCCACUCCUAGCAAAGCCCAGCAGGCCAACACUCAUGAACAUAUCCCAACUUUACACUCUGCUCCCUCCUGCCCCGCCGUCUUUAGCUCCACCCUAGAUGAAUCUCUCGAGCCUCCUAGCAAAACAACAGCCCUCAUAAGCGACUCUGUCCAAGUGACUAUGUCCUCAACAGACUUCUGUUCAGAUGCCCCAGUCUGUCCACUGGAAAAAUACUGUGAACCUAUGGAGUGCCAUCAAAAUGGAAUAAAUGACCACUACUCUCAAAUGCCCAAGCAGUGCUCAAGCCCCAGUCAAAAGCAGACAGUCAAUGGCAUUAACGCUAACUUGGAGUGUCUAUGGACUGAAGAGAAGGAAACUGAAGAUCUUGAGACUUCAUCAGAUGACCUAGUCAGAAAUGCAUUUCUCAAAAGUGAUGAGAUCUCAGCCUCUGCUGCUUCAUCUGUCACAAACACCUGUUCCUCAGAAUCCCCCUUGAUAACUCCAACAACACCAAACUCUCCAGCCUUUUCCAGUGAUUCUCCCUUUUCUGUAGUGCCCAGGAAGAGGGCAGGUCGCUCCAGACCCCGUCCAGUGUCUGACUAUGGCCAGCUGGCCAGCACAAAGUACUGCAUCCCAGAGGAGGACAGGGAGUCAGAGAAUAUGGACUACACUUCCCAAAAGGACUACAAUAGCAGUGGCAGCUACAUAGAGAGCAACAGACCUGAGAAUGGUCAUGUGUGCACUCAAACAGAAAGCAGAAAGAGACGUCCCAUCUCCGUUAUUGGAGGAGUGGAUCUGUAUUCAUCCCCAACUGCUGAGCAGAAGGACGACACUGAAAGUUUGCCUUCUCCGGUUUCUCGUCCUCCAGUGCCCUCUCACAGAGUGCCUCCAUACCGGGCAGUGUCUGUCCGUCUGAGACCCUGCAUCUUCUCCCAAAGCACACCUAUCGGUCUGGAUAGGAUGGGGCGGCGCAGAGGGCGCAGAGUGCUCAGUGAUGGCAGCUCUGAUCCAAUGCUUGAUGACAGUGUGAGUGAGGAGGACGGCAGCUUUGAAGAACUGACUGAAGGAACUCCAUAUCUCCAACCGGAAGUUGAUCUUUUCACUCUCAAUCAGUACAUACACUCUGGCCAUGCCGUGUAUGCGGAGGCUCUGUGGGAUCAUGUCACAAUGGAAGAGCAGGAGCUGGCCUUCAAAGCCGGGGAGGUGAUCCGGGUUCUGGAUGUUCAGGAGCAGGACUGGUGGUGGGGGAUGGUGGGGGACCGCGAGGCCUGGUUUCCUUCCAGCUUUGUGCGGGUUCGAGUGAAUCAGGGGGAUUCGAGCAGUGACAGCGUGGAGAGCGUUCCAGAUGCGGAAGAGUCCGUCCCAUCAGAUGCACACAAACAAAACUCAGAGCACAGGGAGCAGAUGAGAGCCAAUGUGGUCAAAGAGAUCAUGGACACAGAGCGCGUUUACAUAAAACAUCUCAAAGAUAUCUGUGAGGGAUAUAUCCGUCAAUGCAGAAAGCACCCUGGUAUGUUUACUGAUGCGCAGCUAAAGACGAUCUUCAGUAACAUCGAGGACAUCUACAGGUUCCAGAGGAAGUUUCUCAAGGACCUAGAAAAGAAAUACAACAGUGAAAACCCUCAUCUAAGUGAGAUUGGCUCCUGCUUCCUUCAACAGGAGGAAGGUUUCUCCAUAUACUCUGAGUACUGUAACACGCAUCCAGUGGCAUGUGCUGAAUUACAGCGAUUGAUGAAACAAGGGAGAUAUAAACACUUCUUUGAAGCCUGUCGUCUCCUACAGCAGAUGAUCGACAUCUCCAUUUCUGGCUUCUUACUCACACCUGUACAGAAGAUUUGUAAAUAUCCUCUUCAGCUUGGGGAGCUUUUGAAAUACACACCCAAAGACCACAGUGACUACGCAGGGGUGUGUGCCGCACAUAAAGCAAUGAAGAAUGUGGCAAGUCUGAUAAACGAGAGGAAAAGGCGACUUGAGAGCAUCGACACCAUCGCUCACUGGCAGGUGGCCAUCCUCCACUGGGCGGGUGAUGAUGUGUUAACACGAAGCUCCGAGCUCAUCCACUCCGGCGAGCUUACGCGGAUAGUACGACCCGGUAAGACGCAGCAACGCAGCUACUUCCUGUUUGACCACCAGCUGGUGUUCUGUAAGAAAGACGUCCUGCGGCGAGACCUGCUACACUACCGUGGCCGUAUGGACACAGACCAGCUCGAGCCAAUCGACCUGCCUGAUGGACGGCACACUGAGCUGGGCCUACUGAAGAACGCGUUUCUCCUACGGCAUGCAGAGAACCUGAACGUGCUGUGUGUGCUGUGCUGCAAAAAGAGCCAGGACAAGGAGAGAUGGCUGCAAGCGUUUGCUCGAGAGCGCAGACGGGUACAGGAAGACCAAGAGAUGGGGAUGGAGAUUACUGAGGCCCAGAGGAAGCAAGCAGUUCACAACGCCAGGAAAUCUAAAAAAGGCAAAAUGAAAAAAAUGAACUACUCUGGUCAUCCUGUGCCUCCCCACCAUCAGCCCCUACAUCCUCUCCAUCAGCGACAUGUGACCGUGCCAACCAGCAUCCCGCAGCAGCAGGUCUUCUCUUUAGCAGAGCCAAAGAAGAAACCAGCUCACCUGUUGUACUCACUUGCACGCAGUGCCCUCUUCAGGAAAUGACAAAGAGACACUUUAUCUGUUUUUAUGUCAUACUCGAAUGCGUACACAUAAAUAUGUAUAUUUAUAUAUACGUAUAAGUAGGUAUGUGUGUGUAAAUUACAUAUGUGCCUCAGUAUAAAGGCUCAUUAUUUAGCCUGAAGUCAGUGUGUUAGUAUGGAAAGUGUUAGUUAUCUUUUUGUCAAGAAGCUGCUUCCCUUUGGGUUUCUCCCAUUCGUUGUCUCACACAAUGUGUCUUUUAUGACAAAGAGUUAUAUUCAGCUUUUUAGCUACAUGUCUAUAUAAUUUUAUUGCUUUACAUAAGGCUGGAGCCUUGUAAACUGUAAAAAUAAAACGACAAACACUAAGGUCUAUCAUGUUCUGUAAAUAAAGUUGAACCAAAUGUA